GAAGCAAAAAAAAAAAAAAAAAAAAGGUUGAUCGAGGUUUGGACAUGGUGGUGGCUCUGUGAUUCCAAAUUCGUCAACUAGCCCUAGGUCUCAUAAUUGGGAAAUCGGAAAAUGCAGAAUUUUUAGAAUUGACGAGCACGAAGGCUGAAAUUUGUUGAAUUUUGUUGGCCUCUUGAUAGAGGACAAGGAUAAGUUGAGUAACGUAGAAGGUGAGAGAAGGAAAUGGAGUGCAAUAAAGAUGAAGCAACCAGGGCAAAAAAGCUUGCUGAGAAGAAGUUCAUUGCUAAAGACUUGAAAGGUGCAAAGAAAUUUGCUUUGAAGGCUCAGAAUUUGCACCCUGAGCUUGAGGGUAUUCACCAAAUGAUAGCAACAGUUGAUGUCCAUAUUUCUGCAGAGAACAAAAUAAAUGGGGAAGCAGAUUGGUAUGGGAUUCUUGGUGUUAGUCCAAAAGCUGAUGAUGAAACAGUGAGGAAACAUUAUAGAAAGCUUGCUCUCAUGCUUCACCCUGAUAAAAACAAGUCUCUAGGAGCUGAUGGGGCAUUCAAGCUUAUUUCGGAAGCUUGGAGUUUACUAUCUGACAAGACUAAGAGGGUAGCGUACGACCAGAAGAGGAAUGGAAAGAUAUUUCAGAAGGUUUCGACUCCAAAUGGGGACAUGUCAGCACCAACAGGUGCAAAUGGCUUUUACAAUGCAACCAAAACAGCAAGUUCAAGUGCCAAGACUUUCAAGAAUGCUUCUACUUCAUCAACUCACAAGUCAAAACCAAAAACCUUUUGGACUGUCUGCCAUCUAUGCAAGAUGCACUAUGAGUAUCUCAGAGUUUAUCUUAAUCAUAAUCUCUUGUGCCCUAAUUGCCAUGAUCCAUUUCUGGCUGUAGAAACACCUCCACCAGCUUCAAGAAUCAAAAAGACAUCCAGUGCUUGGAAUUUUUCACAGGAGCAGCAAAGCUCAAAUAAUCAAGCAGGUAGAAAAAACACAACAAAUUCAGGAAGAACCAAUGCUGCCACUGGUCCUGAUUCACAUAAUCAAACCAACUUCCAGUGGAGUCCAUUUUCUAGAGCAGGCGGUGCUUCAGCUGCUGCUCAAGCUGCAACUGUUGUGCAGCAGGCAUAUGAAAAGGUUAGAAGAGAACGUGAAGCACAGGCAGCCACAAAGAGAGAGGAGGCCAUGCGGAGAAAGAACCAUGUCCCUAAAAGGAUGCAUGGCAAUUCUUCAGCAGGGCACUCUAACCCACCAAAGAAAAGGAAAGUCAUGGAAGAUGGUAGAAAUGGAGGAGCUGGGACUGCUAAUGCCUCUGGAUCUAAACAAGGUAGUUUAGAAACAGGUAGGAAUGGAACCAUUAAACCCAGUAUUGGAAAGGAUGCCUCCCAGAUUGAAAUUCAAAAUCAACUGAUAGAGAAGGCUAAGAAAGAAAUUUGUAAGAAAUUGCAUGAAUGGAAAUCAUUACCUACUGCUGAGACUGCAGCCAGAGACAGGACAGAUGGGAUUGGAAAUGCAAAUGCUAAAGGAAAGGAAUCUUUUGUAGAAGAGAAUGGAGCAAAUGAACAAAACAAGUCUGAGGAUUUGCUGUAUAGAACAAAUCCAGUUUCUAGCAGUUCUUGUGUCAAUCCAAAUGCAGAAACUGUGGAAGCAAUGUCCAUAAAUGUCCCAGAUCCAGAUUUUCAUGAUUUUGACCAGGUUAGAACUGAAAGGGCUUUUGGGGAUAACCAGGUAUGGGCUGCAUAUGAUAAUGAUGAUGGGAUGCCUAGGUAUUAUGCCAUGAUUCAUAAUGUAAUUUCUCUGAAUCCAUUUAAGAUGCAAAUCAGCUGGCUUAAUUCCAAAACUAACUGUGAAUUGGGCCCAUUAAGCUGGGUUGCUUCUGGUUUCCUAAAGACCUGUGGGGGUUUCAGAGUAGGCAGACAUGAGAUUAAUGGCUCACUUAAUUCUUUUUCACACAAAGUUAAGUGGACAAAAAGCUUACAUGGGGUCGUCUGCAUAUAUCCCAUGAAGGGUGAUGUUUGGGCAGUCUAUCGGAACUGGUCUCCUGACUGGAAUGAGUUAACAGCAGAUGAAGUUAUACACAAGUAUGACAUGGUUGAAAUACUUGAAGAUUAUCAUGAAGAAUACGGUGUUACUGUUAUUCCCUUGGUCAAAGUUGCUGGUUUCAAGACAGUAUUUCAUUAUCAUCUGGACCCCAGAGAAGUCAGGAGGAUUCCUAGAGGAGAGAUGUUUCGUUUCUCUCAUCAAGUACCUUCACGCUUGCUUACUGGUCAUGAAGCUCCCAAGGCUCCAAAGGGUUGCUGGGAGCUAGACCCAGCGGCCAUUCCACCAGAACUUCUUCAGGUAAUAAUAGAUGUCGAGGAGGAAGAGAUUCUGAAGAAUGAUGAAAAUGCUAGAGAAGAACAUAUAAUAGAUAUUGUUGAGAAGGCUACUGAAAAAGAUACCAUGGAGAAUGGUGAGACAAUUAGAGAAGAAGAGAGAAGGAGCUCUGUGAUUCCUGAGGAGGCAGAAACUGUAGAACGUGUCAAAGAAACUACAGAAGACAAGACAAUGGAGGAUGCUAAUGAAAAGCCAGAUGGUUGAGUUCUAGAUUAACUUGGUUGAUGUGCAAAUUAUAUGGAUUGGUAAUCAUUCUUUGUAAUCCCAAAUUUACUUCACCUGGAACUGUGAUUUGAUUGCGCUCUCGCGUAGAUGACUUCCAACGGAUUUAACAACCUCAGAACUAUCUUCAACUCAAAGAUGGUGAUGGCCUCAAAGAUGGUGAUGGCAGGUGGAUCUACUGAGUUUUUGGAUUUCCAGCUUUUCAAGGCGAAACCUCAUCACCAUGUUUUUUUUUUUUCUCUUUUGGGAAUAGAAAGGAUAUGAAAGUGUGGUACUUAUCCCCUGAGGAUCACCUGUUCCUUGGUUGGAAGUUGGAACUACAAGUUCACUAUAGCUUUCUAGUCUUUUCUCCUUUGCAUUUUAACUAUCAAGAAAUUUCUUCUCAGACUACUUACUAGUCUGUAGAUGAUGAGAUGAUAAUGUUCUUGCCUGAAUAUUAUUUCUUACCAGAAUGUAAUUUAUUGCAUUAUAUGGUUUCCAUUUUAUUUUUCAUUCUAUUAAUAUUGUCAUGAAGAUUGCUGUUCUGAAUGAACUUCAAAUUUUCUU